AUGCUUCAGACACAGCAUCUUUACUCGCAUCAGCAACAAUACAACCAGCAUGACCAAUCCUCCUGGCAGCACAACGGUCCGCAACAGAGUCAUCAAGCCCUGAGCCACGGACAGCAACAGGCGCAGGCUCAGGCCGCCGCCGCUGCUGCCGCCGCGGCUCAGCAGCAACACUACUCCCGACUCGCGGUCAAUCCCAACCACAACUCUUCACAUGCGCAAAACACAAACCGCCAGGCUACGGCCGACAACGCGCAGAAUGCUAUGGGCCCGUCCCUGACAUCGAUGAACGAACAGGCAACGCCGGGCAUGGAUCAGCAACUGUCAGAAGAGAAUCGCAAGGUGUUACAAUGGGUGGCGGAAUUGAUGGAUCCCAAUAGAAGAGAAGGAGCUCUGAUGGAACUGAGCAAGAAACGGGAGCAGGUUCCAGAGCUCGCGUUGGUCCUCUGGCACAGCUUCGGCGUCAUGACCAGUCUACUCCAGGAGAUCAUCUCAGUAUAUCCGCUGCUGAACCCAAGUCAGCUCACUGCGGCGGCUAGCAACCGUGUGUGCAACGCCUUGGCCUUGCUUCAAUGCGUGGCAAGCCACAACGAAACCAGGGGCCUGUUUCUGAACGCGCACAUUCCACUCUUUCUCUAUCCGUUCCUCAAUACUACAUCCAAAUCAAGACCGUUCGAAUAUUUACGGCUCACGUCACUUGGUGUCAUUGGCGCCCUAGUCAAGAAUGAACCCUCAUCCGGCGUCUCAAUGAAUCCGGCAGGCACACCAGCAGCCCACGGGAACACCAACAACUCUUCCCCUACAAUCACGUUUCUGUUGACCACAGAGAUAAUCCCCCUCUGCCUGCGCAUCAUGGAGACGGGCAGCGAACUAUCCAAAACCGUGGCCAUCUUCAUCGUCCAGAAGAUUUUGCUUGAUGACACAGGGUUAGGAUAUAUCUGUGCCACCUAUGAGAGGUUCUAUGCGGUCGGCACCGUUCUGAGCAACAUGGUUAUUGGGUUGGUCGAAACCCAGACUGUACGGCUCUUGAAACACGUGGUUAGAUGCUUCCUAAGGCUUAGUGACAACAACCGAGCCCGCCAAGCGCUGCGACAGUGCCUGCCUGAGCCACUUCGUGAUGCGACGUUUUCCAAUGUCCUCCGCGACGAUGCCGCCACCAAGCGAUGCCUGGCCCAACUCCUCAUCAACCUGAGCGACACUGUUACCGAUACGCAAAAUGAGCAAUUUGAAUGA